AGCCCGUAUUCCAUCAAUAUGGCACCAUUAAUGCCGCUCCCGGUGUGUCUGAUAGAAAAUGUUGGGAGUAAUCUGGUGGUCAACCAAGAGGCUAAGAAAAUUCUCUCCAGGAUCUCUGAACCGGUGAUCGUCGUGUCCAUUGUAGGAAAAUACAGGACAGGAAAAUCCUUCUUGAUGAACCGGCUGGUGGGACGCAAUAAUGGUUUUCCGCUAGGAUCCAGUAUCCAGUCCAAGACUAAAGGGAUCUGGAUGUGGUGCGUUCCUCACCCUUGGAAACCUGGACAUGUUCUGGUUCUGCUGGACACAGAGGGACUAGGAGACGUGGAGAAGGGAGACUCCAAAAAUGACGCCUGGAUCUUCUGCCUGUCUGUGCUGCUGAGCAGCGCUCUGGUAUAUAACAGUAUCGGGACCAUCGAUCAGCAGGCGAUCGAGCAGUUACACUACGUAACUGAACUAACAGAGGUGAUAAAGCUGAAGUCCACCGAUACCAAAGAUAUGACUGCGGAACAUGAGAGGUUCCUUCCAUCAUUUACCUGGUGCGUCCGAGACUUCACCCUAUCGCUGGAGCGAGACGGCAAGGAGAUAACGGAAGAUGAAUAUCUGAUGAUGGGUCUAGAGCUCAAGACCGGAGAAAACUUCCAGCAGUACAAUCUUCCUCGUGAGUGCAUCCAAAGCUUCUUCCACUCUCACAAAUGCUUCGUAUUUGACCAACCAACCUCUACGAGAAACCUGCAUCUUCUGGACGAGCUGAAGGAGAGCGAACUAGAGGAGGAGUUUAUGGAGCAAGCAGCGAAAUUCUAUGAGCAUAUAAUGAGGAACAGCAGGGUGAAAGCUCUGACCGGGGGAAUAACAGUCACCGGGAAAAUGCUCGGUAAUCUUACAUCCUUGUAUGUGGACACCAUUCGGAGAGGAGAGAUUCCCAGCAUGGAGAAUGCGGUUCUGACUCUGGCCAAAAUUGAAAAUGCAGGAGCUUUACAAGACGCAAUGUCCAAAUAUGAACAUGAGAUGGAGAGACGUCUCCCGAGGUUCCCUAUCCAACAAUUUUUUUUAAUGAACCUGCAUUCUUUAUGUAUGGAGAAAGCCAUUAAAGUCUUUAAGGAACGAUCAGUGAAUGACCAGGACCAGACAUAUCUACAAGAGCUGAAGAAUCAAAUUGUCAAGAAAAAUAAAGAAUUUAUAAAAAUCAAUGAAGAUUUAUCCAGGGAGGUCUGUAAGAAUCUUCUCCAGACGCUCAGCCAGAUCAUGCAGAUUAGGCUCCAACAGGGAUGUUACUUCAGACGUGGAGGACACAUGGCUUUCUUGAUGGAUAAGCACAAUAUCCUAGAGAAUUAUCAGAGAACGCCUGGAAAGGGAGUAAAGUCUCAGGAGGUUCUGGAAGAUUUCAUACAUGAAAACCAGAACAUUGAAGCUGCCGUCCUCCAGGCAGAGGAGAAGAUCACUCAGGCAGAUCAGUGGUUAGCAGAGUCCCAUAACCAGGCCAUGUGGGCAGAGUGGUGGAGGCAGCAGUCCAUGAUCAGGCAGAGCGCCAAUCAUCAGCAGUUUAUAACCUCCCUCACAGGAGAGAUGGAGCAGAACAGAAUGAGGAUGGCUCAAGAAAAUAACUUCCUGAUGACUCAGCAACUUCAGGCUCAACAUUCCAGAUUGAGUUCAUCACAUCAACAAUCCUUGGAUGAAAUGCAGGAGGAAUUAAGAAGACAGAACUACCAGGGACAGUCGAGCAGUGGAGAAGGAUGUAUACUGUCCUAAAACCUGCUAUUAUGUCAUAACGUAUGCUUAUGUUUCCCUUAACACAGUCACAAGAAAGCAAUUCAGCCACCACUAAGGGGGAGCUCACUACAUAUAGCUCAUAUAGCCACCACUAGGGGGAGCUCACUAGAUACGAUUGUGUACAGUCACCAUUUAUCCAGCCACCACUAGUAGUAGUGUACUCAAUGCUAUAGAAAUCUGUAUACAGUGAACUCCUCCUUGUAGUGGGUACAGAAUCAUGGGCUCCAUAGCAAUUAUGUGAUUUAUAGAAAGUACAUUAGAGUUUAGGGACAUUACUUUAAACCAGUCACCUCUCAUACAGCUCACAGAAUAUAGGAAUAAACUCCCAGUAGGGGACAUAAACAACAAAUCACUGAAAAGAAACCCUUAAAAUUAAACUUUUACUGGAUACAAUUAAAAUGAAAAUAUAUAAAUCCCCCAAACUGACACAUAUAUGUGUACACAAUACAUCAACAUAAAAAAUAUAUAUCCUGAGCCCACACAAUGGAUUGAUGGGCAGGCACAAUUAACAAGCACGAGCAAUGGGAUAAUAAUCAACUGCAUAUGGUAUAUAGCAUUCUAUUGCAGAAGACCACGGUUUUAACCAAGACUCACGGUUAGUUGAUAUCAGUCACUGGGUGCCAGGCAGUCCUCAGGGGUAGCAGCCAAUAAAUGGGGUGGGAAAGAUAAAUUCCCUAGGGUGACCCUAAAGGUAUCCCUGCCUAAAAGCAGAGCACCUGUCCCAAUAGGGGCGACCCCACUUAUUGGUUGCUAAACUCUGACAAGCCCUGAAUGUCCCUGGUAAUAUCUUGUCUUCCCGACACGUUUCCCCAGGUGGUGAUAUACACGUGGUUCAUCAGGGGAAAGAAAACCUGCAGCAAGUAUGAGAUGAACAGAUGCCGCAAGUCUCUAAAUCAUAAGGUCUGUUGGUAGAUACAUAAUCUAUGUAGGCACCAGGAUAAAAAGUAGGGAAGUGUGCUAGUCCUAUUUCCUGCAGGAAGGGUGGGGACAAGUUAGAGUCAGUCUAGCUUACCCUCUGCUAGGGGACAGGUGUGUAGGGGCACAUCUCUGCUGGACGUGCCCACGCCAGCCAGAGCACCCUAAGCUCUGCU